UUCUGAGAAUCGGACAUGGAGAGGACGGUCUUCGGUGUUUCUGGGGCUGUGUCAACCACGUUUUCGGAGGCCCUUUAAGCACCUGUGAAGAUCUCCCCCCCACACACACUUAGAUCUCUGUUGGGGCACAGUCCCUCCUAUAUAAUCCAACCUAAUGUGAUUGGCUAAAAGAACUGGCUGGUCAUUUUUCAGAAAGCUGAUGAGCCUGCCUAUUCAGGAGCACUUGCUCUGAUCCACAAGAUCCAGAAAAGCAGAGUCUCUGGUUCUCUCCCGUCUGCUGUAAAAGCUCUCCAGAAAGAUGCACAAGCCGUGAUGUUGUGAUCCUUUGCUGGAAUUUUGGGUUUGGAACGGGGAAAGGAGGGAUGUCAUCGGAGAUCAAGGGGGUAGUCUUGGGGGGUGCCUGGUUGCCUCCCCUCAUUGGCCCCCAAGCCAAGACCAGCAGCUUAUAAAGUGGGAGAGAAGGACCCUAUGUUGUCCAGUUGUUCAAGAUCAAAGCUGCCUGUGAGAAGAAGACCCCCUCCCCUAAAAGUAACAGUAUUGGCCUCCAUCCCUUGAAAAUCACCAAGACCACCUCAACACCCGUCGCUUUUGGCAACCCAUUUUCCACAGCCUUCUCUGGGCCUCUCUGGGUCUUCUAGAAUGACUCCUCCUGAUCACCUCCAUGUGAACACACCUCUGAGAGAAAGCGUCCCUCUCUCUAAAUUGGCUGGCACUAAGGUCUACCUCAAACUGGAGUGUGCCCAACCCACAGCUUCUUUUAAGAUACGGGGCAUUGGGAAUUUCUGCAAAACGUGGGUGGAACGAGAAUGCCAGCAUUUCAUCACGUCCUCAGCUGGAAAUGCUGGCCUUGCGGUUGCGUACUCUGCCCGAAUGUUGGGGAUCCCAGCCACCAUUUAUGUGCCUUCCUGUACCCCGGCUUUCACCAUCGAGCGACUGAAGGAAGAAGGCAGCUCUGUGUACGUUGAAGGAGAGAUAUUAGCAGACAGCACAAAAGCAGCUAAAGAGCUGGUGAAGAACAAUCCUGAGUGGGUCUAUGUGCCUCCAUUUGAUGACCCCCUGAUUUGGGAAGGUCACAUGUCUCUGGUCAGGGAGAUGAAAGAGCAGAUGGCCUCCAGGCCUGGCGCCAUAGCCCUCUCUGUGGGAGGAGGGGGCAUGCUCUGCGGAGUGAUCCAAGGCCUGCGAGAAGUGGGCUGGGAUGAUGUGCCGGUGGUUGCCUUGGAAACCAGAGGAGCUCAGAGCCUGAAUGCGGCCUUGGCCGCUGGGAAGCUGGUGACACUUCCUCAAAUUACCAGUGUCGCUACAACUCUGGGAGUGAGCGUCGUGGCAGCAGAGACUCUGAAGCUGGCUCAGGAGCAUCCCACUUUAUCGGUGGUGGUCACGGAUCAAGAGGCGGUGGAAGCGGUUGAAAAGUUUGUGGAUGAUGAGAAGAUCCUGGUAGAGCCUGCUUGUGGGGCUGCCUUGGCCAUUGUCUACAGCGGGAUGGUCCAAAAGCUACAAGCAGAAGGCAAGCUGACGCCCCAGCUGGACUCUCUUGUGGUGAUCGUGUGUGGAGGAAACAAUAUCACACUGGCCCAGUUAAAGCAUCUCAAGGCACAACUCGGCCUCUCGAAAGAUGAGGAGCAGUGGGAUGAUGACGUAGAAGAGAGCCACAUUGCGAUGGCCAUGUGUUCUUCACGAAACAAAGCUUUCCGGGCUUCGUUGCAGAACCACUGACCACCCUACGCUUAUUAAAACUCCGUUGCCUCAUGCUGUCUUCCUUCCUUCCUUGGCUUCUAACUUACACAAAGGUGUGCAACAGGAACAUGCUGGUGGGAAUGGUGGUCUGGGUCUUCUCCCUUAAAAACUUGAUUGGAUCACCAAUCAAGAGGCCAGUGCUAGGUCACUGUCAGAAGGUGCUUAAGUCUUCCAACUAUCUAGUAGAGUUGAAGCCCAGUUGUGGUGGCCAUGGAGCAUGUUCUCCUGGCUUUGGAGACCAUCCCUCAAGGCUGACUACUGGUUCCUCCUGGACAAGGAAAGAGAUCAAAGAGUUUCUUGUUCCAGUUGGAUCCUACCUCUAGCAAUUUCCUCCUAGGGAACCUUUUCAGUUUGGACAAUCAGAAAGGUUCCAGAGUGAUAGAAAUACAGGUAGUCCUCCACUUAUGACUAGUAACAUAAUGACCAUUUGAAGUUACAAUGGACUUCCCUGGAGUAUUUAAGACCCAGAUUUGAAGUUUGGAUGGCCAUCCUCCCUGAAGUCAGAUGACCUCAUUUUGGGUGUUCAGCAGCACCCGGUCCAUAUUUAUGGCCAUUUGUAACAUCUCACUGUCACGUGACCACAUUUCACAAUGGUUUGGAUGAAAACCGGGCAGUUCCUUCCGGUUUUCAGCCCAACGGCCCCUAGCCAACUAUUGGUUCAGUUAAUGACCGCAGUGUCAUUUAAUGACCACCGCAAAAAAGAUCAUACAGUCAGACCAGUCAUAUGUUUGUAGUCCUGAUUUACGAUGGUCGUGGCUUACAGUCAUAAGGGACAUGUUCCAUUAUGGUCAUAACUUGAGGACUACUUGUAUGUGUACAGCGGAACCCGUUCUUCUGUGGCCGGGGGCUUCUGCUUUCAGUCCUGAGGGCAAAUAACUUGUCUUUGAAAAAUCCGUUUCUCUUUCCGGAGAAGAUCCCAUCGGCCAAAGGAGAUGUUGAAAAAGACCAUCAGUAUCCUGCUUUAGUCAUUCAUAUUUUACUUCAAUAGCCAAGAGUUGCCCACUUUUCCUUCCUUCCGUGUAUCUGUCAUUCCUUUUCCCUACACAGUACAAUAGUCUG